UGAUCGCAAUAAACUUGAAUAGGGCUGCGCUGUACACAGCGGCACUUGGUGUGUGGGAUCACGGCGGUGUUAAGAUCGCAGCAGUUUUGCAGCGAUGUUUGCACCCCACUUCACGUAGGACGCAGGACACACAGCUGGCUGCAUAUGUUUUUCUUCUUCUCGGGUGUACCUUGUUUCCGGAUAAGAGCGGAAACAAGCUCAGGCCACGCGACAUAGUUGACGCGUGUGAGCCCGACAGAGUAGGCCAGUUUUCUUGGGGGUCGGCUACAUUAGCGUACAUGUAUCGCCAGUUAGGAUUCUCGAGCCGGGCUGAUGCGGCAGGUAUCACUGGAUGUAUGACGUUGUUACAGACGUGGAUAUACGAGUAUUUCCCGGCGUUUCGACCACACCGCGACCCGGUUCCUAUUGGGGAUGGCCAGCCACGUGCCUGUGCGUGGAGUCCGCGUGUCGAGAAGAAGUCCAUUGACCGCCUGCGAUCGAUACGGUUAUUGCUUGACAGGAUGUCCCCAUUAGAGGUGAACUGGAUGCCUUUCGGCCAGAACCCUAGUAAUAGGGUACCCAGGACCCUCUACACGGGACUGAUUCAGUAUCGUGAGAUCGUAGAGGCGUACAUGCCGCAGCGCUGUCUUCGCCAGCUUGGAUAUGUCCAAGUUGUUCCUCCUCCACCAGCAUGGCCCAGUAAGGCCGUCCGAUCUGCGUCGUUGAAGGAGUACGUCGUCCAAUGGCCGGCAAGCAUGAUUGGCACGUGGGAGCAGUUUCCGAUGGUUGCCCGCAUAUGGAUUGAGCAGUUGCAGCGGCCGCCAACUGGGGUGGCUGCCAUGUGUGACCAGCACUACAUGGAGUGGUACAACCGGCACUCGCACCCGAGGUUGAUCAGAGACGUCCACCACGGCGACGACGCCGAUGAUGAUGAUGUGCCACCGCCCACUGCCGUGGAUGCGUGGAUGGGAAAGAUGACGCAGUUGGGACACAGACUUUUUGAGGAGAGGGACAACAUGACGACUGCAACAGGCAGAGCUGUUAUUGAUGAACUGGAACGGGCCCUUGAGCAGUGGCAGUGGGCGUCACAGAGAGAUUAUUGAUAUGUCGGCAGUGCAUUUAUAAAACAUUUUCCUAGUUGUUUGUAAAAGUUAACAUUAUCUGUUCUUAUAAUUAUUAUUUUAAGUUCUUAGAAUUUGACAUUAUAUUUUUAGUUUUUAUAACUUUUAUUUUAAGUUGUAAUUAGUGGGCAUACGAAAACUAAAUACAGGUUCACAUUUAAAUGGGAAAACUAAAUACGAAAAUUAGAA